AGAAGAAAGAGAAGAAGAAGAAUAAAAAUAAAAGUAAGAAAAGAAGAAGAAAAAGAAUUGAAAGAAGAGGAAUAAACUACACACCACCAUACCGAGUUCCAUUUCGCUCGUUCGAAAGUGCCUUUUCGCGCUUUUUACAUUCGGCCCGUGGGAGAUUCGCGUGGACAGAGAAAGAAAGAAAUAAGUUUAACAGUGUCGGUAUACUUGAGUGUACCUACGAAAGUGCGAGAGAGUGAGCUUACAAGUUUGCGGUGUACGGGACUCGUUGAGAUGUCGUGGCUGCCCGUACUACGGACUUACGAUUGAGGAGAGUUUGGAAAGGUAAAGUCAAUGAAUGACUUUGUCACGAUGCGCAUGCUGCUACUGAUGAGAUUGAUGUUAGUGGCAGUAAUCAGCAUGCUGCUGAUGUAUACAAGCGCGAGUUCAAGUAAUGAAGUACAUCUGGGGGCCGUUCCAAAACCAAAACAAUCCAUUAAUAAACUAUACCCGAAAGGGCUAAAUAAAGAAAUUAUUGCUGCUCUUGAGAGCAGACUUCUUGCCCUUUUGGGCAUCAGCAAAAGGCCUACACCCACGGGUCCCGCUUACGUGCCGGAAUCUCUGAAAAAGCUUUACUCACGUCAGAAGUCCAUUCGCAUGUCGGCCAUCGCAAAGCCAGGCAUUAAUGCACGAUCGGCGAACACAGUUCGUACCUUUUACCAUGUCGAGAGUGAAUUGGACAACAAAUUUCGACAUCCAAAUAAAUUUCGUCUGUUGUUCGACCUGCAGCACUUACCAUUGAAUGAAAAGUUACAAGCCGCUGAGUUAAGUUUAUCGCGUGUCCCGAUAGAAGAAGAAGAGGAAGAACAUGAGGAAGAACAUGAUGACAAACCAGAAACAACAAAGUAUGGAAGAAUACUCGUUUACGAUAUCGUCCGUCCAGGGAAAAAAGGAAAAAGUUCUCCGAUAUUGAGAUUGAUCGAUAGCAAGGUGAUAAAUUUGAGGAAAAAUGCUACGGUGAAUUUGGACGUUCAUCCGGCGGUACAAAGGUGGAUAAGCAAUAACAAAACUAAUUACGGUCUUCUAGUUGACGUUAUAACUGGAACGACAAAAUUGAAUAAACGACAUAUUAGAUUAAAGCGUAGCAUAGAUGAAGAAACGGAAACGUGGAUGCUCAAUCGUCCGACAUUGUUAGCUUAUAUGGACGACGGUAAAUUCAGGGUGACUUCUGGGAAAGAGAUUUUGGAUAGACGUGCGAGACGCGCAGCUUUAAGAAAGAACAGACGAAAGGAUGGUCGAGAAAAUUGUCGUCGACAUCCGCUGUACGUAGACUUUGCCGACGUUGCUUGGAACGAUUGGAUUGUUGCUCCUCCCGGAUACGACGCCUUCUAUUGCCACGGAGAUUGCCCGUUUCCUUUGGCGGACCAUCUGAACUCGACUAAUCACGCGAUCGUACAAAACUUGGUUUACUCGACUAAACCUAGUAUGGUUCCGAAAGCAUGUUGCGUGCCUACGGCCUUGAGCUCGAUCAGUAUGCUCUAUCUUGACGAGGAGAACAAGGUCGUCUUGAAGAAUUAUCAGGACAUGGCGGUACUAGGUUGUGGUUGUCGUUAAAUCUUCCAUUCAAAUUUUUAACAAUCGAUCGAUCAAAAUAUUUUUCUUUCUAUAAAGAAUAAUUGAUCCGAUAAAUAGAUCUUUACGAAGAUCUAUAAUAUCUGUGUUUGAAGAAGAAGAAUUAUUUUUAAUUGCGACCCCUGAAAAA